UCUGCACACAGGAAAUGCAGGUCACGUGCUGAACGCGUUUGCUCAGGGAGAUGAACGGCUUUCAGUUUCAUUUCUUGCAGCCACCUUGCCGAGCCUGUUGGCUUCUCAUUAACCUCAAAGAUGGCUGCAGCGACAGAUCUGAGGGACGAGCUGAACUGUUCCAUUUGCCUGGAUAUCUAUACAGAUCCUGUAAUGCUUCCAUGUGGCCAUAACUUCUGCUUGAGCUGCAUCCAAUCCGUGCUGGCUUCCCAGGCAAACACCGGAGCGUAUACCUGCCCUGAAUGCAGAGUGAAGUUCCAGGUUCGUCCUGCUAUCUGCAGGAACAGGAAGCUGUCUAACAUUGCCGGGUAUUUCCACUCUUCUCAGUCAGAAACAGAGAUUAUAUGCUCCUACUGCCACUCUCCUGUGCCUGCUGUGAAAACAUGUCUACAGUGUGAAGCUUCUCUGUGCGAAAGCCACCUUAAGAAGCACACCAAGUCACCCGAGCACAUCUUAUGUGAACCAAUCGCAUCCCUGGAUAACCGGAAAUGCCCCACCCACAAAGAGCUGCUAAAGUAUUACUGCUUGGACGAUGCGGCCUGCAUUUGUGUGUCCUGCUGCCUCGUCGGAGACCACAAAGGUCAUCAGCUGGAGCUGCUCAGUGAGUCCUCGGAGAAGAUAAAGACGAAACUGGCAAGUAUGCUUUCCAAAAUGACAACCGAGAGGGAGGGGAUUAUAAAGAAGGUCAAGACUCUAAACGAGCGAAUUAGAGACAUUCAUAAAAGAUCUGAGGGUGUUGCAGAGAGAAUCACUGCCCUUUUUGGGGACAUCAGAGAACAUCUGAAAGUCCUAGAGAGACAAAUCCAGCUAGAGGUAUCCUUGCAGGAAGAUGAGGCAUUACUCCAAAUUUCUGAACUAAUCAAACAACUGGAAGUAAAGAAAGCUGAGCUUUGUGAAAAAAUGCGCCACCUUGAGGAGGUUUGUAGCGCAACCGAUCCCCUAACUGUACUGAGAGAAGGCCAGCUGAGAUGUGAUGAGGAGGAUGAUGGUGCUCAGGCAGAAGAUAUCCGUAGGACAUAUUCCGUAGGACAUCUGGAUGAUAUUGCGAUCUCAAUUACUUUGCAGAGGAAUCUUUGUAAAUUAACCGAUAUCGUGUCCGGUUUCAAAGCAAAAAGAGGCUUUUGUGUUUAUGAAGACACCGAUGUGCUUUUUGACGUUGGCACAGCCGGCAAUCAUAUCUCUGUGUCCGAUAACCGAAAAACUGCUUUUUAUUGUGCUGAAAGCCAAAGCCGCUCAUGCACCCCCGACAGAUUCGGCAACAACCAGAUUCUAAGUACCAGAUCCUUCGAUGGAGGCCGGCAUUACUGGGAAGUGGAGUGCAGCCUGUCGAGGGGCUGGAGUGUUGGCGUCGCCUAUCCCAGUUUAAAAAGAAGGUCUAUGGAUGCUUGUCUGGGGCUAAAUGAAAAGUCCUGGUGUCUGUGUGUGUGUGACAAGGACCUGUCAGCCAUGUUUAACUUCAGCUCAACCUCUAUAGACAGCAAUUUCCAAAAUGAACCCAUUGGAAUUUACCUUGAUUAUGACGCUGGGCAUCUCUCCUUUUACGAGGUUAGUUUUCCCAUCAGGCACCUACACACCUUCACGGCAACCUUCACAGAGCCCCUUCAUGCAGCUUUCUUUAUUGAUAAGGAAGAAAGCAUCACAAUAAAGAGGAAUUGGUCCUUAGAGAGUAAUAAUAGUUACGAUACAAGUGGCAAGAUACAGUAUGAGCACCUCUCUAUGAGCUUUGCGCAGUGGCAGUAUCAUAGCCAAUGAGGUCAAACCGAUUAUUGCUAAUUGUGAUGAAGCUGAAGCUUGAUGAAAGCGGAGGGGCUGUGUUCCCAUUAGGGAAGAGCUGCUGACUUUUUGUCGGGGGCGUCGCACAUGCUCAUUAUGUUUAAUCAUGCUUCACUUCCUUGCCACAGCCAUUAGGCGGGCGGGAGGUAUUUUACUUUUAUUCCUUCCAGCUGCCAGCUGGAGACUUACCAAGGCGAUUAACGGCAUUGCACCCGUACACAUCUGCACCCUUUUUGUGUUUGAUUUGUGCACCCUGGAUAGGUGUCAUAGUCCUCUGGGCUUGACCCUAGGCCAAGAC